AUGGCUCCCAGUGGAGUGACCGGAGGAUUUGCGAUCGGCAAGACCAGUGCCGCGGGACACAGACAGGAUGUAGAGAGGGAAUAUUUACAGAGCUGGAUCGUAGGAGGCGCCCCCAUCGGCGACACCACCCAGCCCAUGAAGGCUACAUUGGUGGUAGAUAUCAAUAUCUCUGAGUCACACCCCAAUGAAGCAGAGACCAACCCUCUAGCUAUGCAUUUUAGCGAGAUUGACUUGCUGUUGAAAUAUGCUGAUAUGUCCCAUGAUGAGAAGGAGAAUGAGCUUGAAGCAGAUCGGCCCAUGGAAGAGGGCGAGCUGACCCCUGGAUUGAGCGGCUGUGUGAAGGCUGGCCGGCGCGAUCCCUUUGAGUAA